GUUCAACCGUUGUAUUAGGAGUGGGCUUCAAAAGACUAGUAAAGGACAGACACAGCAUUACGACAGCUUUUGACCAGACCUGAAACGUGAAACCGCUUUCUACAUCUGACGCCUAUACCUCAUUGUACUUCUCCAGACUGUCAGUGGAAACCUCAUAGCCUGCUCUUUACGUAUAGCCUGUCGUCCAACUGCAAUGCUAGGAGCUAAGGUUAGGCAUGGCUCCGAUAACGACUCACUGACAGCAUAGAGUUUGAAUUGUCAGUGAAGGCGAUGCGCAAAAGGAGAAAAUUGUGGCCCCGGAGCUUAGGGUUCCUUUAUCUACUCGCGAUUCCCGCGCUCGUAGCCUUGGCAGCAUGCGCAGCCGCUGCGGACACAGCAGCUGCCGCCAGCUCCAAUGGCAACGACGGCAGCAGCAGCACCAUCUCAACUCCGCUACCUCGGCCCCCCCAUGCGGUCAUAUGGCUGGGUCAACCCACCGCUCCCGCCGACCCCUACCUGGUCUACGCAGCGGCGGUGCUGGAGACGGCGCCGUACAGCGUGUCGUAUGCCGUCAACGAAUCGGACCUGUCGUACAAUAAGACGCUGAUGGACGUCCUCAUCAUCCCCGCUCCCGCUGGGUGGGGCAGCACGAACAACUCCUCCAACUCCACUGCCUCCUCCAACUCCACCGCCUCCUACCCGUUGUCGUACAGCCGCCUGGCUUCCUUCCUGGAGGCCGGCGGCUCCGUGGUGCUGCUGGGCGGGGGGCAGCAGCAAGGGGGAGAGCAGGAGCAGGCGGCGGGCGCAGCAGGCUUCGUGCAGCAAGUCCUCACCGCGCCUUCCUCCUCCUCCUCCUCCGCCUCCUCCUCCUCCUCCGCCUCCUCCUCCUCCUCCUCGCCCGCCUCCUGGAACGCCUCCUCCUGCCAGUCCCGCUACAUCCCCGCACCGCCACCGUCCUUCCCCGGCAACUCCUCCUCCGCCUUCUACAACACCCGGCAGAACCGCACUGCCAGCCUGUCUCGCACCGCUACCCCGGUCAACCCCACCACCACCACCACCUCCCCCUUGAACACCAGCAGCAGCAACAGCAGCAGCAUCUCGCCGCAGCUCUUCCCCGCUCUGCUGCAACUUCCCCUGACCGGCCGGGGCCUCACAACCCUGGGCUGCGCAGGCGUCGUACCGGGUCUCCAAUCCAUGUACGACACAACAAUACCCGUAUACGCCACCGUACAAAACGGCACGACUAACGUCACAACCGUCAACUCCUAUUCCAACGUAUCUGUAAUUGAAUUCGCCAACCGAGGUAACGGCACGCUAACCCACCUCUCGUACGGCUGGGAUGGGGAGGAUGCGGCGGUGGGAGGCAGUUGGAGACAAUUGUUAGCAGCGCUUGUAGCCGAAGCGUACGGCAGGGGUGCUGACGUCAGUAGCAACCCCCUUGUCGUACAAGCAAAUCGUACGUCUGGUGAUUCCAGGGGAGGGCUGCAGCCUGGGUUAGAGUGGAGCGCGGGUGCAGCUGCUGUAACCCUGGCGAACUCCUACCACCCGGUCAGUCGGGGGAGGCCUUCGUGGAGCGCGGACGGGCGACCCACGGGUCUGUCGGCCCUCAGCAGCCCCGUAGCGCCCGGCAACCCCGUCCAGAGCUGGAACCUGACCACCCUGGGCUGCCACUCUCUGGUGCCAUACAACCUGUCCGCCAACAGCAGCGGCAGCGGGGUGGUGUUGUGGGUGGCGUUCGAUCUGGGGCUGAUGCGGCCUGUGGCGCGGGCGGCGGUGCAGCGAGUGGAGGUGUACGGCAGCAACGGCACCUCCCUUGCUCCCAUCACCUUUCAGCUUGAGGUCCGGGUCUCCAACACCUCCUUCAGCGGCCCAGCUGACCAGGACGGUGCGGUGCUGUGCCCCUCCUCCGCCGCCUACAUCACCUCGGGGGGCAGGCAGACCGCCAGUGUUGCCUGCCCGCCUGCAACUGCUGCUAGCGCUGCUGCAGCGGUGGCAGCAGGGGCGGUUGUUGUGGGUCGUUAUGUGGUUGUUAGGUUGUUGGACAGUCACAGCGCCCUGGCGGCUGCCGGGAACCCCGGCGUGAGGGCGUGUGGUGUGGACGUGUGGGCGCUGCUGCGGUGGAAGGAAGGUCCCGUCCAACUCGCCAGUCGUCAUCGCCCCAUGUGCGCUGGCGUGCCACCCUACUACUACUCAAUCACCUCCAACGCAUCCUCCUCCGACACCUCCUCCUCCGCCUCCAACGCCUCCUCUUCCUCCACUUCCGGCGCCUCCUCCUUCGCCGCCUCCUUCCGCUCACACCCGCCCACUAACACCUCCGUCUCUCUGGCGGUGGACGGACUGUACGCGGACGAGCGGGCGGGGGCGGCGGGCGGCGGCAUGUGCGGCUUGAGCUUCCCUCAGGACGGCCCGUGGGUCACAGUGGACCUUGGGACGCCCCAACUUGUCCUAUGGGUGGAGAUCACCAAAAGUGCGGAUCCAAACCACGACCAGCAACUACAAGACGUCUAUAUUGUAGUGUACGACAAAAACACCACUGCCACCAAAAGCACCAACAGCAGUACGACAACAUGGUCAUGUGAAGACUUCGGGUCGUACUCGCCAGAAUACGUACGGCAGCUCCCGACCUGCGGCGGCGCCUCCGAAGCUGCUGCGACCUCCUCCUCCUCCUCGGGUCUCAACAUCAGUGCUGGCAGCACCCUUGCAGCCGAGUGCAACGGCGGCCUGGGGCACUGGGGUCGCUUUGUCAGCGUGUACCGCCGGCCCAAGGCUCGCGACCCCUCCGGUGGCUAUGUGGGCCCCCUGCGGCUGUGCGAGCUGGAUGUGUAUGUGGCGCAAACCAACUACGGUCUGCAGCAGGUGUCGUACAACCGGCCCGUGUACUUCGGCCCGCCCCGCCCCUCCGUGCUGCUCGCCCCGGACGACACCUCCGUCACAGCCAGCGCCACCUACCCCUUCACCGCCGCGGCACUGCUGACGGACGGGGGCAAACCCGCGGAUGUCACCACAUCACAACUGCUGUGCCCCCGAGUGUACGACAUGGGAACACCCUCAUCAUCUUCAUCUGGAUCUGAAUCUUCAACCUCUUCAUUGCUGUCGUACGAUACCGCCAACGGUCCAAGCGGUGACGGAGGAGUUUACAUGGUUAUCGAUCUGGGCGUGUCAGCAUCCGGCGCCGCUGCUGCUGCUGCUACUGCUAAUGCCAGCCUAAACGGCAGCAGCAGCAGCAGUAGCAGUGGCAAUGCAGGCGGCAAUGGGACGUCCCUGGGGUAUGCGGUGGAGUCUGUGGUGCUGCAUUUCGCCCCCAGCAUUUGGAACGGUGUAGCAGCAACGGCCAGCUCUGGGCAGAUGAUGGCUACGACUGCCCAUGUGGACGUGUUCCUCUCCGACUCCAUCCCACUCGCCUCCGUCGUCAACCUCCUCUCUCAGUCCAACAACAGCACCACCAACAACAGCAGCACCAGCAACACCACCAGCAGCAACACCUCGGGGCUCCCCACGGACCUCCUCACCCCCUGCGCGCUGCAAGUCGGUUUCAUGUCGGGUAUCGACCCAUUCGACGACCGUUGGUACCUCAACGGUCUUUCCACAACCGCCGCUGCAAGCGACGCAACCACAACUACCGCCAGCGCAACCACCGCUGCCACCACCUCUGUGACACAGCGCCGGCGUUACAGCUGCCUGGGCGCCCGGGGGCGUUUUGUGGUGGUUUCGGCCCCACGACGGGGGCAGCAGCUGUUGCUGCGGAACAGCAAUGCGGGUACCACUGCGGCUGCUGGCGGUUGGUCCUCCCCGGCAGUAUGCGAGCUGGAGGUGUAUGCGCGGGUGACACCUGGAGUGGCUAGCAGCUUGUCGCUGGUCGCCUGGCGCCCCACCGCCGCCUCCACUGCCGCCGACGACACAGCCGCCUUGUCAGCUCCCUCACGAGCCCUCAGGAACCCCAACACUCGUACCCGCUUAGCAGCCCUGGCCGCCGCCGCCGCUGCUGCUGCUGCUGCCAACGGCUCAGCAUCAUCCGCUGGCGACUCAUUCGAUGAUACCGUUACCUCCACUACCUCCGCCGCCGCCGCCGCCGCCGCUGCUGCCGCUGCUGCCUCCGAUGCUGCCUCCUGUCUGGUUGCCUCCUCCUUGCCCCCCGGUCGCAACUACUGGGUGCUCGAUUUGCAGCGUACGACGACAGUGGCCGUCGUACGGGUUCUAGGCGGUUUGUCGUACGGCAUGUCGGCCGCCGUACGGGUGCUGUACGACGGUUGGGACGGCACCACUCAUCCCGCUGACCUGCCGUACUCGGCAUUUGCGGCAUGCAACGGCACGGCAGUUGGCAGUUAUAGCAGCAGCAGUAACGGUAACAGUAACAGUUACGGCAAUGGCCUUCUCGUCGCGGAUACAAAUGUGUUCGGGGCUCAAGGCGGGGGAGUAUCAGCAGAGGUGUCCUGCGGGGAUGGCCAAGGCGGGUUUGCUACCGGCAGGUACGUCGUACUGCUCCAGAUGAACAGCAGCGGCAGCAGUACGGCAAAUCCAUUGGUGCUGUGUCAGUCGUACAUCUACGUCAUCCCAACGGACGUCAGCUCCGGUGGUGACGUCGCGGCCGCAUCCGACACGCAAGACAUCUCCAGACUGCAGGGCCUAGCCUUUCUCACAUCCGGUUUUGGCGGAUCUUCUUUUUCUUCAUCCUCAUCCUCAUCGACGACAAACAGCACGAUAUUACUACCUUCUUCAUCAUCUUCAUCUGAUUCUGGAUCCGCUUCUGGAUCUUCCUCCAGCUACACCCUAGGCGGGGGAGUUGUACGUGCUGCCCAGACCUCAACCCUAGUCACAGGUCGCCGGUUGGAAAGCCUCUCCUCAGCUCCCUUGGAGUUUCCUGAGCUGUACACUCCGCCGCCACCACCUCCCACACCUCCCACACCUCCCCCGCCACCCUCACCUCCCCCGCCACCCUUACCACCUCCGCUGCCGUCUGCUUCCAUAACACCCCAACCUCCGCCACCUCCAUCUCCACCGCCGCCGUCACCCCGACCGCCUCCUUCCCCGGCGCCCCGACCCCGAUCCCCGCCGCCGCCGCCACCUCCGCUGCCGCCGCCGUCACCCCAAUACUCCUCCAUGCCCUUGCUGCCUCCCCGCCCACCACGUCCGCCUGCACCCCUCCUCCCACCACGCCCGCCUGCACCCCUCCUCCCACCACGCCCGCCUGCACCCCUCCUCCCACCCGCCCCUCCGGGCAGCCAGCUCCCACCCGCACCUCCCGGCAGCCAGCUGCCGCCCGCUCCCCACAACGCCUCCUCUCAGCGUCCCCCGCCUGCUGCUGCCGAAUCGUACAGCCGUCGUCACCUGAUGCUUCAACAGCUGCGGAAGUUGCAGCUGCUGGGGGCUGCUGGACGUGCGACACAGCAGCUGCAGCAGCAGUGGGAACACCAACAGCUGCCGCAGCAAGCGGGUUCAGGAGGGGUGCAGCAGCUGCUGCUGGGGUCUGCGCAGCAGCAGCAGCCCCAGCCUCAGCAGCGGAGGCAUCUGGGUGUGCUUGCCGGUGCCCCCAGCACAGCGCGGUGGCGAGUGGACCUGGGAUCAGCCCGGGGGGUUGACUCGGUGGUGCUGCUGGUGGCGGUGGUGGCGAGGGGGUAUUACGAGUACGACAACAUACGGAUCCGAGUGAGUACCGACUCGGCGGGCGCGAACAGCACAGUGGUGACUUCAACCGCCUCCGUCAGCCUGCUAUCGGCUCGCCACCUGUUCAGCUGCGGCGGGCGGGUGGGUCGCUACGUGUUGGUGGACCGAACCGUCAACCUGUCGCUGCCGCUGACGGGGCUGGAGGUGUACACGGGGGAGCAGGUGCCCGAGGGCCGGGUGGUGUCGGGGCGCCCCACUAGCCAGACGGGCGGAGUGACCCAUGGGUCAGGCGGCAGCAGCAACGCGGUAAACGGCUACUACAGUCAGGCGGCAGUGGACGCGACAGGCAACCCCGCCCUCUUCUUCGGCUCCCUCACCGCCCCCGCCCCCGCCCCCUGGUGGGCUGUGGACUUGGGGUUGGCGCUGCCCCUCACCGCACUUGAAAUCACCUCCGCACUGACUGCAGCGACUGCUGGGAACAGCAGCAGCAGCAGCAGCAGCAGCAGCAGCGGCAGCAGCAGUGGGAACAGCAGCGGCAGCAGCAGCAGUGAGGGCACCCUGACGGGGUACCAGCUGCGGCUGAGCAACGAGAGUGUGGUGACGGGGGCCGAGGGGUUGCUGGCGGUGGGAGAGGGCUCCACCCCUCCGGUGCCUCCCGGUCUCACCGUCCGAGUGCCGCUGCCUCCAAACUCCCCGUCCGCGCGCUUCCUGAUCAUAACGCUCAUGCAGCCCACAGCUAGCUCCUCCUCCUCGGGUUCUUCCUCCUCGGGCAACCUGACGCUGCGGUUGGGUCAGGUUGACCUCUUCGCCAAUACAACACAGCUGGCAGCCACCCAGCCCACGAGCCCCGCUCUCACGGCCGUACGAACCUACGAUAGCGGCGGUACGUACGACAGCGCGAGUGGGGUGCUGACGGCGACGCUGGCGACGGACGGCAUGAUGGUGGCCUCUGACAUCAGCAAGUGUGCGGUGGUCGGUGGGGGCAGCAGCGGCAGCAGCGGCAGCAGUGGCAGCAGCGGUACCAACUCGGCAUCCGUCAAGUGGCUGACGGUGGACCUGGGUUCCUCCCAGGAAGUCAGGCGGGUGGAGCUGCUGCCGCCACUGCAGCUGGACUCCUCCUCCGCGUCUUCCUCUUCCGCCUCCCCUUUCUCCCCCUUGGAGCUGCGGCUGGGGGACGCGGAGGUGUUGGGCGGGAGCGAGGGGGCGGCUAACCCCGUGGUGGCCCCAGCCGCGGGGUCCACGGAGCCGCUGCUACUAGAGCCCGGUGUGGUGCGAGUGCAGUACCUGCCGCCCGGAUCCCGCGGCCGCUACCUCACCGUCCGUACCUCCAACUCCUCCGCCACCGCUACCACCUCCGCCGGCGUCACUCUGGCGCUGUGCGAACUAUCGGUUUACGGACCCUCCGCCUUCGAUUUGUACCUAGCUCCUCCGUCGCCACCGCCACCGCUGCCACCGCCGCCGCCGCCGCCGCCACCUCCCAGCCCCGCUGCCCUACUGCCGCCCCGGCCCCAGGCACCCUCGCCGCCGCCGCCGUCGCCUGUGGUCUACCAGAUCGGACGCAUCGACGGUGACAGUCGCGCGGUUUCCGCCGUCGCGGCGUCCACCGUCGCCGCCACCGCCGCCGCCUCCGUCGUCGCCUCCGUCGCCGGCAGCGUUACGGCUAGCAUGGCGGCGUCCGCCGCCGCCGGAGCCGCGGGCGGCGCCAUUGGCGGCGGAAUCGCGGGUGGCAUGGGAGGGGGCGGUGUGGGGGCGGCCACCACUGGUUCCGUCAGCGCUGGUGGCGCCGUGGCUGCUAGCAUGUUCAUGUCCCACAUGCAGUUCUUUGCUCUGACGCCCCGGGCAUCCACCAACGCCACCCAGCAAUACCGCCAGGUCAACUCCAACCUCACCUGGCUGAACCUCGAGUUCUCUACUCUGAAUGUGCGCAACGUGCCCACCCAGGAGGCGGCCGCGUACAACCAGGUUAUCAACUCGCUGCUGCUGAUCGCGGGCACUCUGGCGGCCCACUGGGCGGUGCUGCGGGUGUGGGGCGGCUGGAAGAGACUCAGCUCCACCCCUCUCCCCACCUGGCUGGUCUUUCCCUACAUCGAGAUCUUCGUGGCAGUGUUCAGCCUCGUCUCCCUCUCCGCAGCCGCCUCCAUGCUCCUCGCGACCGCUGCGGUGACAGGCCGGGUGCUGCCGGCGGCGGUGGGCGCGGUGGUGGGGGCGCUGCUGCUGGCGUUCAUUGCGGCGACGGCAUGGGUGGUGCACCGAGUGCGGAAGGCGGCCCGGCAGUUGGGCCUCAUGUACCAGCCGCGUCAGCGUGGGCAGGUGCCGUACAGCGGAGAGGCCGGUGCCGCCGCCGCCACCGCUGCCGCUAGCAACGAAACAGCCUGGGCUGGUUACGCCAGGGCUGCCAACGACGGCGCCGGCGACGUUAGGGUUGUUGGCGGCGCCGCUGGGGCUGGAAGCGGCGGCGACGGUUGCGGUGGUUUUAGGUCCCGUAUGGCUCCGGUGGCGGAGGCGACUGAGGAGGAGCACCCCCCUCCGCCUCCGCCUCCGCCGCCCAAGCCGCACGCAACGUCUCAUGGUCGGCCCGAGUCGCAUCAGAGUCCUUUAGCAACAGCCCUUCAUGGCAACAACCAACACAAGGACGGCGGCCACGGUGGCGGCGGAGGCGGUAACCUUCAGUUGAUCGCCGUCGGGUCGACAACGGCGGCGUCAUCAUCUGCCAUGUCGGCGGUUGACGGCGGCGGCGGCGCCGCCAGCGUCUACCGUGGGGCUAAGAGGUCUUCCUCCGGCGGUGCAGCGCCGCCUGUUGAGGUUGACCGAGACGUCAAAGCAGCUCCCCUUGUCGCUGUGACGCAGUACGGAUUGCAUGGCCCGCAUGCGGCUGCGACUGGCAAGGCUACCGGCGGCGGCGGCGGCGGCGAGGCUUUGAAGGCCAUUGCGGUCAUGCCGCACGAAGAGGGCCACGGUAGGGGAAAGGACAAGGAAGGUAAGGAGAGGGCGGGCGAGAAGGACAGGGAGAAGGCGCAGCAGCAGGAGGAGGAGGAGCCCAAGCGCCCGGCUUUCCUGGAGCGAACGACCCUGGGUCAGUGGAACCGCCCGGAGGCGGCAGCAGCGGCAAAAAUGGAGCCCUACCGAACCAAGAAGUACUUGCGAGAUGGUCUCAGCCUGCGCGCCGCCAUCCGCUGCCUCUACCCACUCAAUCGCGCGGCGGAGGCGGCGGAGAAGCGCCGGCGCCACCACGAGCGGCGAGCCGCGGCGGCGGCGGCGGCAGCAGCAGCAGCACGGCCUCCGCCGCCGCCACCUGCGGACGAGGGGUCCCGGCCCAACUCAUCUGGGUCCGACUCGUCGACUGCUCGGGCGGGACGUACGGGCAGCCGGGAAGCGUGGCCGUCCCUUGAACCCAGGGGACCCGGGGGUGCUGCCGCUGACGCCGCCACCACCUCGCAACACCCAGCAACUCAACGCCCUGCGACCAGCCCAUCGCAUGAACCGCAUUUCAAGAGUCGGGCCUCGGAGCCCAACCUCUUCCACGCGUACGGUGGAGGCGCCGCCGUCGCCGCUGCCGUACACGCACGUUCCAAAAGCACCAUCACGGUAGGCCGGCCGCCCUGGCGCCCCGCCGGCGUCGCCGCGGGCGCCGUCGUACACCCGUCGACGUCAGCACCCGGCGGCGUCGUCGCCGCCGCCUCCGCUGUCUCCGCCAGCGGCGGUGUCGUACAUCACAGCGUCAUGCCGGAGCCGCCGCCGCCGCCGCUGCCGCCGCCGCCCGCUCCCGUGCCGCCAGCACUCAUGCCGAAGCCCUCCAGGCAGCCGCCGGCGCCGGCGCAUGCCUUUCCGAACACGGGGGCUUUCAUGCCGCGCCAGCGUGCUGGCAACUCCGGUCCUCUGGAGCAGGAGCAAGGGCAGGGGGCGGCGGCAGCGGAGAAGGUAAAAGGGAAGCUGGUGGGGGCUGAAAACAGGCGCAAUACAUGGAGUAGCAUCACCGCCGGCGCCCCUGCGGUCACCGGAGGCGGAGUAGCAGCCUCCAAGCAGCGGCCCGCGUCGCACGGCGCUGACACCGUUAGCGGCGGAGGCGGAAACCAUGGCGCUGGCGGCAGCGGAGGCGGCAGCAGCGGCGGACCCCUGCGGGACGCCGCCAUAUUGCCGGAACCCUCUUCGUACGGCGCAACGCCGCAUGGCGACGCCAGUAGCGCUCCUGACGGCGGCGGCAGUGGCGCUGGGGCCUCCACGGUGGCGAAACCGUCGUCGCAUCCGGCUGCAUCGCAACAAUCCGUACCUCCUCACGGGCCUGACGCUGCCCAUGGCGCCGGCAGCGGCGGCGGCAGCGGCGGUGGCGCGGUCGUCUCCAAGCGCCGGCCGUCGUGCCUCAACAACCCGCCGCUUGAGUUGGUAUCCUUCCACGUCAAUGACCCGACGCUGGCGGCGCGGGGGGCGGCUGCAGAGGCUGCGGCGGCGGCGGCGCAGCCGCUGCUGGUAGAGGCGCCGCCGCCGCCACAUCUGGGCUCCGGGUACGGACAUCCCACCCAGCAGGCGAAGGAUCACCACCACCAUCAGCAUCAACAGGGAGGAGGGAAGCAGCAGCAGCAGGGUGCCACGGAAAAAGCGCCCCCGCAGGCAACACGCCCCGCCAUGCACUCCACGCCAAGCCAAGCUGCCAGCAGUGAGGCCGUUGCUGCCGCCGCCACAACCAGCACUGCCGACACCGCAGCAGCAUCGACGGCGGCGGCGGCGGCAGCCCGUGCGGCCGCUUCCUCCGUGACAGGCAGCAGCAACGCACCCUUACGGACCAGCUCCCCAGCAGCAGCAGCUGCUGCUAGCCCCAGUGGCUCGCUGGGGACUUCUGCCGGUACCGCACCAGCAGGAGGAGGAGGAGGAGGAGGAGGAGGUAGCAGUAGCAGCAGCAGUAGCGGCCAGGCUCAUGGGCCAUCGAUAACAGCGGCGACGAUGAUGACGUCAGCAGUGGCGGCGGCGGCGGCAGCACACCCCCACCCUCGCUCGCGUCUGUCGUUACCUCCGGGGCAGCCGUCACAGCCGUUACACCCUUUGCUGCCGGAAACACCGCAACCACCACCACCAGAACAACAGCAGCAACCGGAGUCGGAACCGCAUGCAAACGCCAAGCCACAUGGAGGCAGUGGCGGCAGGGUUGCAAGCACCACGCAGCCCAAGGCACCAGGGGCCAGCCAACCAGCUUACGCCGCCAAGAGCGCAACCGCACCCACACCACCACCAUUAACACGUCCGUCGGCGGCGAACACAACAGCAAUACCUCCGCCUCCGCCGCCUCCACCGCCGCCGCCGGCGGCGGCGGCACAUCUUUCCUCUCCAUCUGCCGUGCCUCCGCAACCCCCUCCACCCCCGUCACGCCCCCAACAUGACAUUGCGACUGCAGCCAACCUGCUGUCAAUCCUGUCCUUUGGUGUCAACGUGAACAGCGAUGCGUACAUCACCGGAGGCGGACCAAAGCUCUUAGGGGGCAAACAGAGUCCCGUGUCCCUCGCGCCCAGACCACCCUCGGGCGGCCGAGGCGGCGCCGCCGCUGCUCCUGACGACGAUUUUGGGGGCCAGAGCGGUCGCAUGGCGGAGGGCCGUCGUUUCGCACCCUUCCGUCAUGGCGCCGGCGGCGCGAAAGGCUCCGAUGCGGCUGGCGACGGCGGCGGCGGCGGCGGGGCGGAGACUGUACGGCGGAACUGGCGUGUGCUUGGAGCAUGGGGUGGGGCAUUUGGAGGCGCCGCGGACGGCGCCGCGAGCGGCGCUGCCGGCGGCGGCGGCGGUUGGCAUGCCGCGUUCCGCAGCGCCGCUUCGGCUGUGAUGGCGGCAGUCGCCUGGCGGCGCCGUACGAAGGGCCGUCGUCAUCGUCGUCGACGUCGUACGGGCGCGGCGACGGGCGGCAAUGGUGAAGGAGACGGCGGCCAGGGGGAUGACGGAACCACCGGCAGCAGCAGCGACAGCGAUGGAGGGAAGGAUGAUGAUGAUGAUGAGGACUUGCCUGAUGAGGAAACGCAGCGGCUGCUGGCACGUGCCGAGGUGUACGAACGCUACGGGCUAAUGUUUGAGGAGAACCAGGGCAACAGGGCGCUGGCGGUUACGUUUUAUGUAGCGGUGCUUCUCAACGCCAUCGUCCCCUCCGUACUCCUCGGGGUUCAGUCGGGAUCCAAAAUGGAACCCGGAUCCCCCGCAGCCCUGGGAACCAACCUUGCGUUGCUGGCAGUCAAGGCAGGCUACGCAAUCUACCUAACCUCCAUCCUGCCGUACAUCAACCUAAUCAUCAUUGGAGCCGAGGUGCUUUGCUCUUGGCUGGAAACUGCAGUUGUAAUCUGCAUCGUGGUGAUUUCUGCCAAGGGAGGUUACGCCGGGGGCUUCAGGGCGCCGCCGCCGGCAGCGCUGGCGCCGCCGCCGCCACCGCCGCCAUCACCCUCCACGAUUUCGACGUCCUGGUUGGAUGCAUACGCGCCUUUCAGUAUUCGCCUGGCGGGCGAUGCCAUGCUGGUGUUCGAGAUCCUGGUGUUGGCCGUUCAGGUGGUGGCGAUGACGUUAACCGCAAUCAUCCCGGCCGCACUUGCGAUUAUCUUCAUUGUGAAGGUCAAACUGGCACACUGGCGGUCAAAGUCGAAGGCGACACCGCUGGUGCAGCAACCAGGAUUGCGUUCAGCAUCAUUUAUGGAAGUGGGGAAAGCGGAUACGGACUGUGUUGUGCUACGUCGCAGCGGCGGCGGUGAGGGGGGCAAUGAAGGGGGCGAGGGUGGUGGUGCUAGUUGGGGUGCCAAGGAAGUGAAGGCACCAGUCGGAGGACCAGUCAGGAAGGGGGACUGAGACAUGACUGUCUUCUUCUUCAGUGCGGCCUCGUGGUUACUUAGUCAGUUAGGUCUUUUGUUUGCGGAUUUUGCUUUGGUUUGUGGAUGUGCAGGCAAGCGCGUACUACUAUAUAUGGCUGACAGGCAAACCAGGCUUUGUACAUUGCCUUUUAUAAGCUUGUUUUCUACGAAUUAGUUCCAGAUUGCGUGGGAUUCAUAUGUUUGCGUGAACUUGAUACGUGGAAAUGUGUUUUUUGGGGCAACCAAACAUCGAUUCACCUCGUAUUCCUGGCUAACCCUAUGCCACUGUUGCUAUCGUCACACCCUGAUACACCAACCGCUUAUAUUAUACCAAACUAUUGAUGUAGGGUAGAAGCCGUAACGCAGGCGGGGAAGGAAGGGAAUUCCGCGCCGUGCGUACUUGGUAGCUAGGACGUAUGUGGUGAACCUGCUGCUGCUGCUGCUGCUGCUGGUCUCCAUUCUUGUAUGAUGUUUUCAUCACCGUAUUUACCAGAUACCGGCUUGCAGUGCCAAGACGAGGCGCCCGCGCGACUUCAUGCUAUAUGCUAAAAAUGGUACGAUUCAUGCUGAUCACGCAUGUACUGCAGUGCUACUACCAUGUACUGCAGUGCUACCGGUUCUGUAUAAGUUGGGUAACACCACACUGGCCUAACGUUAUGCGGUGUUCAGCACCAGUGGUUGCUGCUGCCGAUGGGAAUUGUCUUGAGUGUUAUUGACAUGCUUCGUCUCCACGCGCUCAGUCGCAUGCCAUGCGUAUUGUAGAUUGGUAUAUACAGCUGGCGCUUCACGUACAUCAGUGCUGUCGGCUAUUCAUCGACUGUGCCGCGGUAGAUGGAGGUUAAGCUCUUGUAGAAGUUCUAAAUCUCUGUCAGGUCUUCUUGGAUUGUAAGCACCGGGGUAAAUCCUUUCCGAUGGACGUACGUAAGAGCAGGUGUCAGCUGGU